AUGUUGUUCUUUUCCUUUUUCAAAACAUUAGUUGACCAAGAAGUUGUCGUUGAGCUUAAAAACGAUAUUGAAAUAAAGGGCACGUUACAGUCCGUGGACCAGUUUUUAAAUCUGAAACUUGACAACAUAUCAUGCGAUGACGAAACUAAAUAUCCGCAUUUGAGCACUGUAAGGAAUAUAUUCAUUAGAGGUUCUACCGUCAGAUACGUUUACCUGAACAAGAACAUGGUGGACACCAACCUACUGCAGGAUGCCACAAGAAGGGAGGCCAUGAGCGAGAAGAAAUAA